UGCUUCAGCAAAGCAUCUCUCACUAAUUCCUGAUAACAGACACCUUGUUGGUCAUUAUGUGUUCGCCCCCUGCCCCCAGAAACAUUCUGCAAUUCUCCUGUUUAUUGUUCAGGUUUGAAGAAAGCUUUCCUCAUUUCAGUGCUGGACUGGAAAUCCUCAGCAGGCAGUAGAUGGGGACAUAGUGAUGCUCUCAGCACACUGGGAGAGAAGAAGAACAGCUUUGACACAACUCCAGGAACAGCUGCAGAGCUUGCCGGCCUUCAUCAGUGAACUUGAUGCUAUCACAGCUAACAUAGCACAUUUGGAAGGUGACUUUGAGGAGAUGGAGAGCAGACUGGUAUACCUGGAGACUCUGUGUUGUCAGUGUGAACAACAGACAUUCAAACAACAUCAUAUCAACGAACUUGAAGUCUAUAAGAAAAAGAAGAGGAGGGAGUUGGACGUACUGGAAGUGGAACUGAAUUCUCAGCAUGCUCAGAAGCUGGCAGAGCUGGAGCAGGGCAUGCAGCAGAAACUGAAAGAACGACAAAAAGUGUAUGAAGAAGCCUUUAACCAAGACAUGAAGCAAUACCUGUCCACUGGAUACCUGCAGCACAGAGAGCCAACAGGAGCUGAUGUGUGUGCCCUGGAUGAGAUGACUGUAACUAACAUAUCAGACCAGGAGGCUUUGGAUGACUUCCUCAACUCCACUGGUGAUGACAUCAGUACCGGAUCAUCGCUGACCUCUGGUCCAGACCUUGAGUCCUGCUCCUCUGAAUCUUUGAGAAGCCAAAUGACCCAAGUGACCCAAACCCCUCCCACAAUCAACCAACUGUCCAACCAGGAUGCAGUAUGGGAGCAAGUAGAGGAAGCGGCCAGUGAGGAGAGUGAUGAGCCUUUGGUGCAGUCAGACGAGGAAGACAUUCAAUCAGACAUGUCAUUGGUUGGACUACAGGAUGUUGGCACAGUGCAGGGCUGUGAUGAGAGUGACCCUAGUGGGGACGUGCCCUCUGGGUAACCCAACAAUCAGGCCCUUGAAACUCCUUAAACACUGGGUACUACUGUGACUUGACACAGCUCCUAUCUCCAGCCAACAUCAAAGUGCCUCUUCCCACUGAAGUCUGAUGUCAAAAACAGAUAUGAUUUAAAACCAAUGCUUUAAGACAAAUCCUGAAUUUAUAAGGUGUGGAUACUUGUGCUGUGAGAAAGUGUGAUCACAGUCAGUAAUGCAAACUAACGGAUACAUUGUUUCACUGUACCCAGCAAUUGAUUAGUCUUUAAUUAUAAAUGAUAAGGUGGAUGAUAUUCUAUAAUUUUCUUUUUGUAAUCAAAUACCAAGAAAAACAGAAAUGAAAGUUUUGUCAGUUUAUUCAAAGCUAUAUCAUAUAUCAUAUAUACUAUAUCAUAAUACUUCAAGCUGAAUUGGUGUCCCAAAACUAUUAAAAACAUCAAUGAUGAGACAUUUAUACCAAAAACAGCUCUGCAAAUAUUCAAGGGGCUGAAUUGCUUUCAAAUGCAAAAACAUUGGUUUGUGUGACAAAUCUAAGGCUUAUCAGAGACCAAAACACUGCACAGCUGCUUAUAAGACUAUGAGAAAGGGUUUUACAAUUCUGGAGAGUUAUCAUGGUGAUAGUUAUUUCACUCUCAGUUGUGAUAAUUUCCAGGUAAAUACAUGUUUAAAAUUCACAGUCAAUAUUAAGGCUCACAAACACAUUGGUUUGGGACUUUUCAUUGGAUUUACUAACAAAAAGACACUUGACUUAUCCUUUAGCAUUUCUGCUUUGUGUUUUAUUUAAACUGUUUAGUCUGACAAUUAGAUAAACAAGUCUGUUCCUUACCCAUUCAAUAAAAAUAUCAAUAUGUCUGUAUGUCA